AGAAAGAGUAGACAUUCCCUGAACCUAGCAUCUGUUGGCAUCUACAGAGCAGUUUGAUGCAUUAGAGGUGGGCCCUUGGGAGAAGGAGUAACAGUGUGCUUCUAUUUUUGCAUGAAAUCAGGCUCGGCAGAGGGCAUGAUGAUGCAUGAGUAUCGGUGUGUAUCUGCUUUCUCACUGUCAUUUCCUCAGUUAGGAGAGAGGCAGAGGAGGGCAGUAACCAAAGGGAUGCAAACAGCCCUCCUCAUUACCUGCUAGGGCAGGGGGGAUCUUUCUUCAUGCACUCUCUACAGACAGACAGACAGCUGCCAGCCAGUGGUGUAACUCAUGCUGCUGCUGCUCUUUGCAGGGACACGACUCUGUUGGAGCUGCUUGGCUCCAUUUGGCAUUUUUCUUUAUAGCUGAACAUCACAUGACAAUGCAGCUGAUUCACUGCACCAGGCUGGGGUAAGGACUGCAAUUGUGCCCUCUCAGGGGACGAAGUGGGAAUACAGGAGUGUGAACCUAGCUCUGCUCCCAGCCUGACUUUUGGGACUUGAAAGAGGGGGAUGUGCUGUUUUACAUAUUCACGCAUACACCCUUAGCUUCAGCACUGAAGCUUGCAAGUAUUUUAGGUCAGAGCUGGUGUAACCAGCCUGAAGCAAUGCUGCAUCGUGCAGUAGUCUUGACAAUUUUUUCAACUAAAUGUGCUUGAAUCUAGUCAUUUUCCUGAUGGCUCAUCUCCAAGAAAAUGAUGUCGAUCAUUUGGUAGGUUUCAGGGUUGGAUGUGAGUCAGCUCUGAGUCAGGCAGCAGCUUUAGCUUCAUGAAGUGCUGGUCCUCCUGUGCUGGCACAACCUGUGGGGCCACAGCUCUGCAACAGACACUGCUCCUGAGCCUCCCCAACAGCAGCACGUGGGAACUUAAGCAUGGGGCACUCACAAAGCAAAGGGGCAAUUCCACAGCCCCACACUUUUGGCUGUUGACCUGCUCAGCACUGUCGACCUCUGAAGAUGUCAGGGUGUGUAAAUGAUGCUGGUGGCAGGCAGGGAGAAGGAGAUGGGGACCUGUCUUGCUCCCUGCAGAGGUGCCCAUCUGACCAGGGUGUGGGCACAGCGUGUCACUGCUGCACAAACAACUUCCCUCCCCAGAGCCAGAAGGAAACAAGGAAAGAGCUUUGUCCAGAGCCCUCUGUCCCUGGCAGGUUGUUUCUGUUUAUAUUGACAUUUUUAAUAAGUAGGGUGGUGUCCCAGUUCUCAGGGAGUGGAGAGAAAAGCCAGACACAGCCUUGAUGGCAAGCAGCCACUGUGUGUGUUGUGCAAAGCAGCGUGACUGACGGGUUCCUCGCUCUCUCUUUGUCUUUCUCUCCCCUUGCACGGUGUGAUUGAAGCAACGCCCCGUGAAACAGUCCCUGAGCGCUUGCAUGUGCCGAGAGUCCCACUGGAAAUGCCUUCUCCUCUCCAUCCUCAUGUAUGGCUGCCUGGGUGCAGUGGCCUGGUGUCAGCUGGCCAGAGUCACCAAGCUCAGCUUCGAUAGCUCCUUCAAGGGCAAGUCUAUGAUCUACCAUGACAGCCCGUGCUCGGACGGCUACGUUUAUAUCCCGCUGGCCUUCCUCUCCAUGCUGUACGUGGUGUACCUGGUGGAGUGCUGGCACUGCCACGUCAAGAGGGAGCUGCAGUACAAGGCAGAUGUGGACAGUGUGUAUGAGUGCAUCAACCGCAUGCAGCAAGCCACUCCGUGCAUCUGGUGGAAGGCCAUCAGCUACCACUUUGUACGGCGAACCCGGCAGGUGACCCGGUACCGCAACGGCGAUGCCUACACCACCACACAGGUCUACCACGAGAGGGUCAACACACACGUGGCUGAAGCUGAGUUUGACUACUCUCACUGUGGAUACAAGGACAUCUCCAAGGAGCUCCUGGGCUUGGAGAGCUACACAGCCACCAAGCUGAGGUUCACCAAGUGCUUCAGCUUUGCCAACAUUGAGUCUGAGAACUCUUACCUGACUCAGAGAGCUCAUUUCUUCACAGAGAUCGAGGGGCUAGAUGACUACAUGGAGGUGAGGGAAGGAAUGCAGCUCAAAAAUGUGGAUUUUAAAGAGCUUAUGAUGGCCUACGGAGACCCGGAUCACCUCCCGUGGUACGUGUCCCAUUAUGCUUUCUGGGUGGCGGCUAUCCUGAUGAUCUCGUGGCCACUCAGGGUACUCAUAGAGUAUCGGACUGCUUAUGUCCAUUACCACGUGGAGAAGCUGCUGGGCCUGGAGUACACGGCGCCCACGACGGCGGAGGAGCCCUUGUACCGGUACCGCAUGCCCCGGGACAGCACGCAGGACAGCACCGAGCUGGAGUGGCACAUCUGCACCAACCGGCAGCUGAUCCCCAGCUACUCGGAGGCCAUGCUCAUGGACCUGGCCAGCUCCCCGGCCUACAACAGCUACACGGUGUGUCACUACGGCCAAACGGCCCACGGCUGUGAGCGCUGCAACCGUGCCUCCAGCACCUCCUCCAUCUUCUCACGCCACGCUUUCCACAGCUGCAGCGGCAACUCCCGCCUCUCCCUCAACACCAGCCGCUUCUCCCUCUGCCGCAUCCACGGCUCCCACAGGACAGGCCUCUGGAGGAGCCGCAGCAGCAGCAUUGCAGACCGGGGCUGCCAGGAUGAGCAGUGCUGCUCCUACUCCAGCCAGCUGGCUGUCAACGAGAACCCCCCCACCUACCACGAUGCCCGAUUCUUCCCUGUCCUGAUCGUGCACAGGCCGGAGGGGCAGGACAGGAGGCAUUUCUACAUCAGGCGUUCCUCCUGCCUAGAAACCUCUCUGUGACGGGCCUCCAUGGUCACUUGGCUCCUCUGCUCUGGGACAGGGAUUGCAGAGGUGACACCCGUGGGGAGCCUGCAAGUGGCAGUCUCAACAGCAGGUCAGCAGGACGAGUUUCAGCUCUUCCCCCUGCCAUUGCAAGAGGACAGAGACUCUGACCAAUACCUAACCUCAUUUCCAAGAUUUUCUCCCCCUCCACCUGAUCUCCCAUGUCUUUCAUUCCGCAUUACUCUCACUCUUUCACUCCUCACCCUUCCUCUGCUCCUUGGUUCCCUGCCUCUCCUCCCAGCCCACCCUCAUUCUUUUUUUUUGCAUUUCAGUCACAGCAUUUGAUUGUUGUGGCUGCUGGAGGAUUUUAAAUUCUUGUGCUUUGCCAGUACAUUUGCCCUCCUGGAUGCUUUGCAAGGUAAGAACCUUAGAUAGAGCAAGGCACAAGGCACACAGCCAGCCAGAGUCAAGUCAGAAGGAGAAUUCAGAUCUGCAGGUGCUGAGUCACCUCCUGCAAACCCCAAACGAGGUGCUUUUUAAAAAUUUUAUUUUUCCCAAUCUUUUUUUCCUCUUCCUUUGUCAUUCCUUCUCUCCUUUAUUUAUGUUCUUCUCCUCUCGCUUUACCCUCAUCUUCCCUCUUUUUCAGUUCUCUCACUUCUGCUUUAUAGUUUUUCUGGGAUUUUGCCAGUAAGGAUCUCUUUCGGGGUGUAAUUUUCUUCCAUUGGGCAAAAGUAAGGUUUUCAUGGCACAAAUGUCACUGACUGCUCACACAGCCACAAAUGAAGCCCCUGAGAAGUGCUGAGGACUUUCUUUCAGGAGCAGUGAGGUACACUGAUAUAGCAAAAUGCCCUUUACUCACACUGCCCUGCCUGGUCUGCAGCAGAGACGCUGCUGCAUUUCCAGCUGUAGUUUACCUUGUCCAGCUCCACCCCUGAUAGCAAUCCUCGAGAGCCAUAAUGUAGAUUAGUGCCCUGUUAAUGCCACUAUUUUUAGGACAGUAGGCCUGGUUUGUGGUUGUUUCAUUCCUUCGACUUGAGUGCAGCAGCACAGGCUUGACAAGGGGAGAGGGGCUGGAGAGGGAAAGGUAAAUAUGGUAUUAACCCUCCCACAGAGAGUCUGGAGCUGUUAGGAAGCUCUUCCACCCACAGUGUCUAUUACAGCAGUUGUAGGACUGCCUACAUUACCUUUCAGCUUUCUGUGUGCCCUGAGGAGGGCUUUUGGCUUUAGCCCACUUCACUUUCCCAGGCGAGAUGUGGUGCCACCCCAGCCCCAGGCAGAGGGCACAGCUGGGAGCCAGCCCCACUGGCCACUCCUGCUGGGGCUCCAAGCUCUUCCUGCAAGGCUUCCCCUGGAGCAGGUGUAGCACCUUCCAGAAUUAGUGCCAGCCUCUCCAAAUCCACA